AUGCCGAGCUAUAAACUCACCUAUUUUGACAUCAGAGGAAGAGGAGAACCAGCACGAUUGGUUUUCAAAGCGGCUGGAAAGGAGUUUGAGGAUAAGCGUGUGACAUUCGAAGAGUGGGGAGCCUUGAAAGCUUGUGAGUAGGGGUGGUUCAUUCGUGUGUUUGCAAUGUAAAAUAAAUUUUGCUGCAUGUUGCAGGAUAACUCAUUUUCUGGACUUCAGCUCAGUUCAUAGCCUGAAUUAUUUUUACCUCAUUUUCGUUGGGACAAGCGGCUAUAUGAUUUUGCAACGCGCUUGCGACGUUCCAAAUCUACUUUGCUAUAAGAAGGAGUUCGAUUCUUAUGGAACGAAUACUCCAAUUCGCCGACUCGAAAACAAAGGGACAACUUUGGAUUUUCCUGUCGGAAAAAGUCAGAAAAUGCGUGAACGAUGCCGUGUUUCCAAAUAUUCAGAACGCGUUUUCCGAACGGUUGAACACCAUUUUUUUUUUUUGAAGUGAUCGCUGUCAGCAACAUUUACGCAUCGCAAAGCGUGAACCUAGCCGCUCAAAUUCCUUAUAAUUUUACACUAAAAUCACAAGUAUUAACUACAUAAAGUACGCCAUGACAUAUAUCGAAUUUUACGCCAGGCUAGUUGUGGUUUGAGAGCCUAUGAACAUGGUUUGAAUUUGAUUAAAUAAGCUAAGCCGUGUUUCUCGUUAAGCCAUAAUUUGCAUAUGUGAGGUGUUGAAUAACAAAUAUAGGGUAUUGAUGAUAGCUGUCACUAAACAAAGGUCGUUGGUGCGCUGCAGAAAGUAAAUACACUGAGGGUCAGUUAAAUAUGGGAAUGUAAUAAUUCGGACCCAGAAAUAAAAAGGGAAAAAGGGACGCUCAUACGAGGAAAUUUUCUACCCUUCAAAACUUUUUCAUUACUUCUCGCGUACCUAAGAUCAAUUCAAUUGCUGUUCUGGCGCGAGAAGGGAUCGCACUCGGAAUGUCAGCUUGGUAGUCUCUUUGACUGUAGACCUUUGCGACGAGCAAUUCACAUUGUCAGUUCAGUUGAUAACCAAAUUAUCUGACGAUCAAUUCAUUCGUAUUGAAAAAAAAGUAGACCAUUAGCAAAGGGUAAUGAAGUCAAAUGACAGUAUUUUUGAGGUUCAUUAAUAAAGAAAAUGUUUCUCUAGUUAAGGAUUCCAAACAGAAGUACCUUUAGGGCAAAAACCAAAAAACACCGUUUACUGUCCACUAAUACAAUAUCCCUACAAUCUUAACAUCUCCUCAAAGCUCGGAACGCUCCUUUUCUUCAAUGUUCCUCUCUAAGUCAAGAUAGUUCCAUAAAUAUUACGAACUGCGCAUAUAUAUAUAUAUAUAUAUAUAUAUAAUGAGGGAAAAAAGAUUUUUUUUUGAAGUGAUCGCUAUCAGCAACAUUGACGCAUCGCAAAGCGUGAACCUAGCUGCUCAAAUUCCUUAUAAUUUUUACACUAAAAUCACAAGUAUCAACUACAUAAAGUACGCCAUGACAUAUAUCGAUCCCCUGAAGAGUGAAGCGAUUCACGAAACAGGCUUGUCGGGAAAUGUAGUUGCGUCCUUUUUUCCUCUCAUAAUAUUUAUUCUGCUCUGCUUCAACAUAUUGAGCACUGUUCCACGCGAAAAUCGACUUGCAGACUUCCUAUUUAUAUAUAACAUAUAUAUAUAUAUAUAACAUAUAUAUUUUUCUAAUAGAAAAAAAACAUGCACGGUAAUUAUUUUGUAUAUUUUUAUUUCUUGCAGCUUCAGAGUUUCCGUUUGGUCAGCUUCCAGUGCUUGAAGUUGAUGGAGUGAUGCUUUCUCAAUCAUUCUCUAUAGCAAGAUUUUUAGGCAAUGAAUUUGGUAGGUUUCUUUUUUUUGAAGAAGUUCUCAACAAAACAGGAAAGGAAUAAAGUACUCGUCAUUAAAACUGCAUCCAAGUCUGCAUUUUCAAAGGACAUCUAUGCAUUUAAUUCCUUUUUCAUCCUUCCUUCAGUUAUAAAUCAUUUCACCUUCCCUCUGUCACUCCAUUUUAUUCCCCCUUCCUUUAAUCUUCUCUCAUCCUCUCUCCCUCCCAUUCUCCCUCUUUUCUAACCUCCCUUCAGCCACAUCUCCCAAUCCUCCCCUACCUCUAUAUCUUCCUUUUUCCCUUCUUUUGAUGCAUCCUCUUUUCCAACCCUCUCGUUUUCCCUUCCUUCCUAUCUUUCCACUCUUCCCCUCCAUCCUCUUACGCUCUCUCUCUCUCCCUCCCUCCCUCCCUUCUUCCAUCCCUUCCCCCCUCCUCCCUCCCAUCCUCCCUCCCUUCCAUCCCUACUCCAUUUUUCCCUCACUUCCUUAGUUCUUUUCUCUCUUCUUCUCUUCCGCUACUCUUUCAUUUUUUCAUUAUCAUACUUUUUGUCUCUUUCGUACGUUCUUUCCUUUAUAAGUUUUGCUUUCACUUAUUCUCCUAGGUCUUACUCCCUCCACCAAUUUGGAAAAGGCUAAAGCAGACAUGAUUGUGGAUGGCGCUGCUGAUUUAACCGAAAAACAUGCUUCAGCUUUCUUUGAAAAAGACCCAACUAGAAAGGUAAACAGUCUCUAAUCGUAUUUAUAAAGUUAUCCGUCUUUUCCAGUUAAUAUUCCAGUUCGUUGCUGCGCAGCGUACAAGAGAUUAUUAUGAGGAAUUUCAGUGCGGUCUUACGACUAUCUCGUACGACCAAAACUAAGGUAAUCUCCACGACCAAUCACAGCGAAGAAAAAUCACCAAAAGCCAAUGAGAGCUUAGAGCUAAAACACGCUAGGGGCCCAAAACGCGGGAAAACGCAAAAAGCAACACGCGAUUUGCCUCAAACUUGCGUCUGAUUGGUUGACAGGGUAGCGGAAGUUUUCUAGACCAAUCGAAGAGCGAAGUAAAGCAAAACCAAUUCAGUGGUGUAUUACUUUCAACACAUAUUUGAAGGUCGCCCAAAUAACUUACUCAUGCAGUCGAAAUCGCUACCGCAAUGUUGCAAUGUAGGCAGUGUCGAGUUCAGGCUGUCUCUUGCGUUUCAAGAACUCUCCAGAUUCUAGAGUUGCAACUCAGUUGAAAAAAUGAAUCUUUAUGCUGGUACUUCAUUUUUAACUUGAGAAAUAAUCACAGGAACGCCAUGUAUGCCACUUAUUUUAUUCCCCGUUCAUUCCUUGAAUCAGGCUAAGUUGCAAGAGGAAGUGAAAGCUGCUACCCCUGGAUUUCUCGCUCGCUUUGAGAAACUUCUUAAGGGCAAUAAUGAUGGGAAAGGGUUCUUUGUUGGUGACAAGGUACGACGUCACACUUUUUAAGUCAGUCGGUCUGUCUGUCACUUAAUCAUUCACGACUCAGCCCUUCUUUUGGUGGUUAAUUCAUUCAUUCAAUUAUAGUUAUAAGAUUUGUUUAAGCACGAAUGUAUUCCUCUAUUUUUGUUACGUUCGUUUGUUCGUUUAUUUUUUUGUUUGUUUGUUUGUUUUUUUCCCUUUUUGCCUUCUUUGCAGGGGUAAAUCACGCGCGCUACGCUCACCGAUCUUUCCUUUCACGCAGCUGCUCCUAAAAUAUGGAGUGAUCUUACGUGUCCCAUCAGAAAUAUUGAAUCCUUGAAUAGGUUCAAGUGAUCUAAUCAGACCUUUUUAUUCGAAAAAGCUUUUUAAUAUUCUAUAUAUAUAUAUAUAUAUAACGUAUAUAUGUAUAACGUAUAUAUAUAUAUAUAUAUAUAUAUAUACAUAAAUACUGAUAUAUAUAUAUUCAAAAACGUCGCAAUUUGAAAAUAUGCAGGAAUAACAUGCAUCUAUAGUUUUCUCGUCAAAGAGAGACACUUUUUGGGAAAAUAAAAGGUGCAUAUAUUUCAUUUCUUUUUUCGAAUUGCCGGAUAUAUAUAUAUAUAUAUAUAUAUAUUUAUAUUUAUAUUUAUAUAGCUAUAUUGUUUCUAUAUUUCUUAGCCAAUUUUAGUCAUUUUUUUAUUAUUGUUUAGGUUUAAUUGUUAGAUUUAGGUUUAUUCAUUUUAUUGCACAACUAGAAAUUUGACAUUGGUACUUGCACAAUAUAAGCCAAUAAACAAUUUAAUGGUGCCUUUUUUUUUUUGGUAUAUGUAUAGCUAACCUAUGCAGACAUCAUCUUCUUUAACAUGGUAAAUGCCCUCUUUGCACAAGGAAAGAUGGAGGUUCCAGCAUUGAUCAAAGAUUUUCCUCUUUUGAUGUCUCAUUAUGAGCGUGUUAUGGCGAUCCCAAACAUCAACGAGUAUCUCAAAACACGACCUGAAUCAGCCAUGUGAAAGGGAUGGUUUAUAAACUACUGAGUUACUAAAGCUCAAACGAAUUUAAACAAGUGCUUAAACACUGAAAAGUUUGUUUGUGCCAAUAAAUGAAACUAGAAACGUC